GCGGGGGGCGGGGUGUACUGUGGUCCUCAGCAAGCCUGGGCCAGCAGUAUACCAGCCGGUGCACAGGAGGUGCAGUUCACACCCAGGGCCGGCCUGAGCUCUGCCAGGCCCCACAACGGUGUUCUUUUCAGCAGGGUCAGUGCUAUUAAUAUCAGGAGAGCACACAGCCCCCAGCCGGGUGAUCCUCUUAAUGCCUGUGGCCUCAGCCUCUGAGGCGGCCGUGGGUCCUGUUCUUUCUGCACGGGGCUCUUCCGACCCCUCCCCCAGCCCCUCAUCUGCUCCGCCGCCCGCCCACCCAUGGAGGGGCAGUUCAGGCGGCCCCUCAGCUGUCCUGGGGGGCUACUGUGGGUCUGAGAGGCACAGUGGAGAUGUUCCUGUACACACCUGGGAUCACCCUGCUGUCCAGUGUCCCCUGUGUCCCAGCCAUGAGCAGCCCCCCAGCUUACCCUGGCAUCAGGAUCUCGGGGUGCUGGGCCCUUGGAGCAGAAGGCAGGUGAGUGGCAGGCCUGUUGUCUCCCGUGGCUGUGGUGAGGCAGCCUGCCUUUGCUGUGUCUUGGCCGCUUGCAGCCCCGUGCAUCAUGUGUCUAAUGGACGUCAGGAGACAAACAGGCUGGGUAGGUGCUCUUGAGGGGCCAGGCUGGGCUGGCCACCAGCAGGGGCUCGUUUUGCCCAGGGCUGUCUGUUACAGGUGAGUCUUUGUCCGUUGUGGCUCAUAAUCCUUUGGUUUGAAAUUACCUUUUGUCACUGUAGCCAGACGCACCCCGUUCUUCUGUGGGCUGGGUAAAGAGAUCUUUGGUGCGACAUUCCCAUUUCCAAGGUCGUGUCACUGAGAAAAUGGGGUGAGGCUUGCUCUGAGGUCACAGCGAGGCUUCCUCCCUGGUUCCCAGAGAGAGACGGGGCUUUGGAGAAGACCGUGGAGCUGGGCUUGGCUGCACACCCAGCCUGAUACUGUUCAGACCCAUCACACGCCCUAGAUGGGGCGGGUUUCUGGCAAAGCUCUCUCUGGCCUACUUUCUGCUCUUCCUGGCGCAUGGGCACUCUUCCCUGGGAUGGUGUCUGCCCCAGGCUGUCGGCAGCAUGAGCCUCAGAAGUCGUCUGUGGUCGUGGUCAUCACUACCUCAAUGGGACAAGGAACCCUCACAGAUAAGGAUUCAGAGUUUCCUGUUGGAGAGGUGCACUGGGGUGAGAAGCGGGGAUGGGAGCAGGCCUCCGUGGCCCUGAGGCAGGCCCGGCUGUGAGGGAACUUGCUCAGCACCAGCACACAAGAGCGUGUUCGGGGGAUGGUGAGGCCCUCCUCCUCCUUUGCAAGUCAGGUUUUCCACAGUAGAGCUUUCUCCCAGAAGGCACAGAGGGAGGGGCCGGGCUGGACUUUGUUUUCUGCCCCCCCACCACCUCCAGGGCCGUCUGUCCUCUGCGGGGUAUGUGGGUUGCUGCUGGGAGGGCAGUGUGCUGGUGAGCGCCAGAGGCUACGUGCUCUGUGCUGUUAGAGGAGUAUGUCCAGGGCCUGGAGACACCUCUGCUUGUUCCCUCCUGGCCCCCUCCCCCAGUCUCCCCCACCUGCCGCGUCCAUCUCUGGCUUGCCGGAGCGGGAAUGUGGGCGGCAUGCCUGGGAUAGCUCCAGGCUGGGCAGAGUCCCCCACACCCUGACUGUUGGGUGGCAGUGCCUGUCUCCAGAGCUGCAGAGGUGACACCGAGCACAUAGACUGGCUAAUUACCUCCACUGCUGGCUCCUUGUGCUGUCCUGACAACGAGGAGCCGUGGCAGCCGUGUGUUGCCUGUCCCCCAGGAUGGUGCCACGUGGCCCCUGCCCUGCGAUGGCUGGUUUCUUACUGCUAGGACUUGUGCUGUGGCUGUCCUCAGGGCUCUCAGGUGCUACUGGUGUGACCUGUCCCGCCUUUGGCUUUAGUGGAUUUCUUCCACUGCCUCCGACCCCCAAACAUACAGGCACACCGUCCUUCUGGCUCUUGGCAACACCAGGUGCUAUGGGAGGACUGCACAGCUGGGAACACCAGCGUUCCCGAGGUGGAGAUGCCCAGGCUGUUCCAGACGCAGGAAGGCACUCUCAUGGCCCUCGCCAGCCGGAUUCCUGGCACCCCGUGGCCUCGCACUGCUCGGGGGGCGGGGGGUGGCAGUGGUAGUGGGCUUGGUCUGUGCUUAAGAUGUUUAGUGUGGCAGGAGCCCCAGAUCCUGGUCCCCAGGGCAGUCUUGGCAGGUCUGUAUCUUUCUCUGUGCAUCCCGUUUUGCUCACAUGUAUUCACACAAAGGUGUGUGCAGGUGAGCGCUCUCCCUUUGCUGGGUUUAUAGACACGGGUUCACGUUCUACCGCAGUUGGCUUUCUCAGCUAAGCGGACUUCAGGACACCUUCCCUGUCUGUGUCCUUCCCAGGCUUUCAUGCUAGUACGGGGCUCUGCCCGGACAGUCAGCAGCGGCGGUGGCCACCACUGGCCUGGAGGCCUCUGGAGCAGCAGCAAUGCGGAAUCCUUGGACAGGCUCCUCCCACCUGUGGGCACCGGGCGCUCACCCCGGAAGCGCACCACCAGCCAGUGCAAGUCUGAGCCGCCCCUGCUGCGCACCAGCAAGCGCACCAUCUACACAGCCGGGCGCCCGCCCUGGUAUAAUGAGCACGGCACACAGUCCAAGGAGGCCUUCGCCAUCGGUCUGGGAGGUGGCAGCGCCUCUGGGAAGACAACUGUGGCCAGGAUGAUCAUCGAGGCCCUGGACGUGCCCUGGGUGGUCUUGCUGUCCAUGGACUCCUUCUACAAGGUGCUGACCACGCAGCAACAGGAGCAGGCUGCCCACAACAACUUCAACUUCGACCAUCCAGACGCCUUCGACUUUGACCUCAUCGUGUCCACCCUCAAGAAGCUGAAACAGGGCAAGAGUGUCAAGGUGCCUGUCUACGACUUCACCACCCACAGCCGGAAGAAGGACUGGAAAACACUCUACGGUGCAAACGUCAUCAUCUUCGAGGGCAUCAUGGCCUUUGCUGACAAGACUUUGCUGGAGCUCCUGGACAUGAAGAUCUUUGUGGACACGGACUCUGACAUCCGCCUUGUGCGGCGGCUGCGUCGGGACAUCAGCGAGCGAGGCCGAGACAUCGAGGGUGUCAUCAAGCAAUACAACAAGUUUGUCAAACCUGCCUUCGACCAGUACAUCCAGCCCACUAUGCGCGUGGCAGACAUCGUGGUGCCCUGGGGGAGUGGGAACACGGUGGCCAUCGACUUGAUCGUGCAGCACAUGCACAGCCAGCUGGAGGAGAGGAAGCUGCGCUGGGAUAUGGCCGCGCUGGCCUCGGCGCAUCAGUGCCACCCCCUGCCGCGAACGUUGAGUGUUCUCAAGAGCACGCCGCAGGUGCGGGGCAUGCACACCAUCAUCAGGGACAAGGAGACCAGCCGUGAUGAAUUCAUCUUCUACUCCAAGAGGCUGAUGCGGCUGCUCAUUGAGCACGCGCUCUCCUUCCUGCCCUUCCAGGACUGCGUCGUGCAGACCCCGCAGGGGCAGGACUACGCGGGCAAGUGCUAUGCGGGGAAGCAGAUCACUGGCGUGUCCAUCCUGCGCGCGGGUGAGACUAUGGAGCCGGCGCUGCGGGCUGUGUGCAAAGACGUGCGCAUUGGCACCAUCCUCAUCCAGACCAACCAGCUCACCGGGGAGCCCGAGCUCCACUACCUGCGGCUGCCCAAGGAUAUCAGUGACGACCACGUGAUCCUGAUGGACUGCACGGUGUCCACGGGCGCGGCGGCCAUGAUGGCUGUGCGUGUGCUCCUGGACCAUGAUGUUCCGGAAGACAAGAUCUUCCUGCUGUCGCUGCUCAUGGCCGAGAUGGGCGUUCACUCGGUGGCCUACGCCUUCCCACGAGUGAGGAUCAUCACCACGGCGGUGGACAAGCGCGUCAACGACCUGUUCCGCAUCAUCCCCGGCAUUGGUGAGGCUGACCCGGGGCUGACCAGUGGAGCCCCAGGGCCUGGUGGGCCUGAGUCCCCACCACAAGGGCCUGCUUCUUGCCCCAGGUAACUUCGGUGACCGCUACUUCGGGACGGACGCGGCGCCUGACGGCAGUGAUGAGGAGGAAGUGGCCUCCACGAGCUAGCUGCCCGCCCUGAGCCUGCCUGCUCUUAGCACCACCCCGCCUCUUCCUGCCUCAUGGCCUUGCUCACAGACAAGUCCUAACUUAUUUUAAUUAAAAAGGAUAUGACCACUGUAACUUACUCUGUACGUUUUAUACAAUAAAGUUUGGGAAAAUGAA